AAAUAUAUACACUGAUAGAAAAAUAUAAUCAAUUUAAAGUAAUAGUAUAAACGAUUAAAACAGCGGUCCAAAUGUAAAGAAUUUUAUAUCUGAAAUUGUAGAUAAUAUUCAAAUUAUUAUUCUUCUUCCUUUUCUAUAUUUAUCGCGCACAUAUUAGAUGAUUUUAAUUUAUUCUUUCUUCGCAUAAGUUUUACAGAUUUCCAAAGCCACAUUCGUGAAUCUUUCUUCCAAUAACGAGCAAUAUCUUCUGGCGAAUGCAUAACACCCUAAAAUUCACAUCUGUAUCGCUAAUUUUGGGCAUAAUUUUAUAAACAAAUGUUAAAGUCUAGACAUCAUACUUGAAAAUUCAAAAUGUCAGAAUGUUGAACAUUUUUUCUAUAAGGCAACAUAUCUCUAGCAUUCAAGCCGAACAAAUCUUGAUCAGUAUCAUCAGACGGCUCAGUUUGCGCAUCACUUGUUCGACGUAGCGGUAUCGUAUCAUUUCUAGAUUCAAUUUCUGCCUCUAAUUCUAGACGCUCGAGAGCCGAUGUAAAACUUCUUGACUCUUUACAGCUGCCGAAAUUCGCCUAAUUCCAAAACUUUUAAUUUUCAUUCAAAAACUAAUAAUUUAUAUUCCGUUACAAAUAAAUAUUUCAACAAUGAAUAAACUGUGUAAACCUGUACUCCUUGAGAGCAAACAUUACAUCCUAAUGCCACUGAUAAACAUAUAUCGCUCAUAGUUUUCGACAAAAAAUUUCUCUCGUCCCAUGCAAAAUUUUCAACUACUCAUAAAAGAAAGGACGCGAUUUAUUAUCGAUGGAACUGAAGGAUUCACGAUAUACGAGAAACAGUCACAAACCGCUGGAGUGGUCGGACUCGUCAUUUCUCCAGUCCAUCAGCUUCUUACCACGUCAUAUAAAAUAAACUUCAAAAAUUUCUCGUAGCCCCGUUAAAAUUGGCUGACAGACGAUCCCAUUUCUGUCCACACAUAGAAAAACAACAGUUUGAACAAAAUUUCACAUGAUUAUUCACGCAACUUCAAUGAAUUAAGCGACGAUGAAUUUAUAUUAUAAUAAAUGUUUUCAUUAAUUGAUAUAAUGAAUUGUAAUUUAAAUUAUUAUUUCUAUAAUCUUAAUCUUCCAUAAAACAAGAGAAAAAUAUAAUCGGAAUUGUCUCCGUUAUUUGAAUUAAGAUCAAUUAGAAAAAAAAAAUUAAAACAGGAAAUCUUCAAUAUAUCAGAAUAAUGUUAGAAAAAUACAGCACAGGUAUGCUACGAAUGAGAUGCGUGUGCCAUAGAACCGAUGCCCGCAUGGCUGAAACAUAUCCACCAAGUACCUGUUGGUCACGGCUGGCCGGUCGAGGUUCCGGGCCGACUUCCGGACGAGUCCGCACCGGUACGGUUUCUUUUUAGUGAGAAACGCAUGGUAUCAGUUGUAUUCACGUACAGUUAGACGGUGUUACCGCGCAGCAAACGCCUUCUCUCCUACUUCUUCGCGCGUACCGUCACAAAUAUACAUUCCUUUAAAUGACGUGAGGGAAAAACAAGGAAAGAAGAACGAUGGAUUUCUCUAGACGGGUGAGUAUGUAGAGAAACGUAAUUAUAUGAAACCAAAGCUGCGAGAAUAAUCAGGACAAUCGUGAUAUGGAACGAUAAGAAUAAUUGGCCAUUCAUUCAUUAUCGUUUCUUUCUUUGCCAAGGAAAUAAACUUUAUUCAGAAACGAUAUUUCAUAAAACGAUAUUUCUUAAUCUUUGCAAAAUAAUAUGUUAUCUUUAAGCUAUUAAUUAUACUAUUAUUAAUUAUAAUGAUAAUAUGGAAUAUUACAUAUUUCUUUUUUUAUUCUUAUUUAAUUCUUUCAAUUCUUUUUAUAUAAAUUAUUAUUCUAUUUAAUAAAUAUUCUAUUGUAUUUUAUAAUUUCACAAAUUAGUAAAUAAAAAAGAAAAGAAAGAUUAUUUUAAGUUUCACAAAACAUCAUCAAUUUAAAUAUUUGGAAAUUUUGAUUUCAUCGCGUAAAAGCUGCGAGAAAUCAACUAUAUACAGGUUGGUGGGCGUUUGGCAAGUAUAGUCACCACUUCCUGUCAUAAAUGAUCGUCGCAAACGAAGCUCAAACAACAUAUGUACAUGCGUACAGUUCAUAAUAUACGUAUGUAUGGGCAUGAAUGAGAGCGGAGAUGCAUUUGUAAAGACAAUAGUAUGCCUAUGUAUGUGGAGAGCGCUGCACUUUGCAUUACCUACACAGAUUCACGCAUUAACGGCAAUCAGCGGAAAGCCGGAGGUAACAUCGUAUCGUUACCUCAUCGAUGUUGAAAUAUAUUACACCUAAGAAAUGACAACAUAUAUAUUAUGGAAAGCAGAAAUAGUACAAUUAACAGAUCAGUUUUCAGUAAAAAUCAGUGAUAUAUUCAAAACGAAACAAUUAUAUGAAAAAAUAUGUAAAAAAAAGAAAAAUAAAUCAAAAUAAUUGUGACAAAUGAAAAAACUUUGUAGAUUAGUUCAAUAAUAAUAUAAAAUUUUAUAAUUCAAAAAUAUUUUUAAGAAAGUGAAUUACUAAUACUUUAUUAUCAAUUUAUUAUUAAAAUUAGAACAUAGAUAUUCUUUCAAUAUGAAUUGUGCUAUUUAUGUAAUUUUUUUUAUAUUGUUUUCUUCGGAAACAAUAUAUUUCUAUUUCUCUGUAAUAUUUAUUCGUACUUAUAUCUUGCUUUAUUGAAAACAUUAUUUAUGUGAAAAAAUCAAAACAAUUAAUUUUUGAAAACAGAUAAUUAUUUUACAAAUUAUACUAUCUUACAUUGUUCAAUUGUGAUUAUAAACACAAAGUAGCUUACAUAGUAUUAUAUAUGAACAUACACACGAAUCACCUGCGAUUAAAUCCUUCCGAGGACUUCGCUCUCGUGAGUUCUCAUACCCCAGUUUUCUGCCAGCAAUCGUCAGUACGAGCACUGAUCGCGUUUCUCUGUUGCAAAAUUCAUGCACGAUUCUCAAUUUAGUUAAAAAGUGUUUGACCUAUUUAAAAUAUAUAAGAAUAAUUCACAGAAAAUCGAAAAAGCAGUAUAAAAAAUAAAAUUGAUCGAAAAUUGAAAAAUCGAUAGUGACAAAUGUCAGAAUUAUCAGGAAAAGUUGAAGAGCCGAUUUCAAUGGUGUACAGGAUGAUAGAAGCUACCGUUCCGAUGAUUCUAACGGUGAAAUCUUUAAGAAUGUUCCAAAGAACAGCAGCACGUUUCGCAUUUGGAAAAUCGAGGGCUUACGAAUCACAGCCGUUACAGGAAAUAAUAUGGGAUAUUUUCUUUCGGAAUUGGCAUAUAUUAUUUACGCAGUAUCGCCAAAAGACGGUCCACUACCUUAUCCUGGAAUGCCGAGCAAGGAAUUAAAAUCAACUGCAAUAGUUCGUGUAAUUCAUUUUUGGAUCGGAUCUGCAUGUGAUUCAACUAUUUCUGGAGCAGCCGCCCUUCGAGCAGCUGAAUUGGACUCACAAGUAUCUGCCACAAUUCUAUCGAGAGAGGCACAAGGACGAGAAAGUCCUAGAUUUCUGGCUUAUUUUCGCCAAUAUCUUAUUAUCGAAAAUUUUCAUUUCGAAACACCAUCGUGUAGAUUGCAUAGAGUAACUGGCAUAACAAUUCCUAUCUUAACAGAACUUGAGAAAGUCCAUUGGGACUAUUUCAGUUCAAGAGAUGUUAUCAUUGUGGACGUUUUAUCGCAAAAUAUUGUAUUCCUUUGGUUGGGAUCAUCAUCGGAUCCAUUGCAUAAACGACAUGCAGUUAAUAUCCUAGAAAUGAGAAAAAAAAAUAAUAAUGGUCGUAUCAUUAUUGUUGAUGAUGGUUAUGAACAAACUUUAUUAGAAGAAGAUAGGCAACUAUUUGCUAGUAUUUUAGAUCCUUCUACAAGAGUUGUUAAACCUGAUCGCCUUUACCGAGUCAAUAUGCCAAGUCCAAUCAAACUAUAUAGAUGCAGUGAACAAUCUGGUAAAUACAAAGUCGCGGAAUUGAAAUCUGGACCGAUUCUUCGAUCAGAUCUCACAUCAGAAGCCGUUUAUUUGAUUGAUCGAGGUGAAGCUGGUGUAUGGGCCUGGGUAGGAAGUAAUGUGAAUGCUCGAGAAAAAUUAGAAACGAUCCGCAAUGCACGUGGAUUUGGAAAGAAAAAAAAUUAUAGUAACGGUAUAUUAGUUGGAAGAGCGCUUGAAACUUAUGAACCAACAGAAAUGAAGGUUCUUGUUAGAGGAUGGAGUUCGACAAAAAUAAGACCGCUUACUCUACCACCUAAUUUUGACCCUGAUUAUAUGAAUGAAAGACCUAAAAUGGCAACUGCUUGUCAAUUAGUAGAUGAUGGAUCUGGUGAAAGAACUCUUUGGAGAGUAACUCAUAAGGAAGGAAUGAUUCAGAUAGACGAUAAAGGAAUAUAUUAUGCAGAAGCUUGUUACGUAAUGUGUUACAAAUAUGGACAAGGACGUAGGAGUAGAACAAUCAUUUAUUGUUGGGAAGGAGUUCAUUCUAUAAAUGCAGAUCGAGAAGCCGUUUUAGAAGUAGCUUGUCGUUUAGCAGAAGAUACUGCUGGACAGUUAGUAAAAGCAUAUCAAGGAAGAGAACCACCUCAUUUAUUGCAAAUUUAUGAUGGAAAAUUAAAAAUACUAGCUGGAAGGCAUCGUGAUUUUCCUCCAGAAAAAUAUCUUGUUAGAGUGUUUGGAUCUACUUCAUACACAUCAAAAGCAGUUGAGCGUCCUCUUAGAUCCAGUAGCCUUGAUUCUAGCGGAGUUUUUAUUUUGUUUUCUAAUUCACCUGUAGUAUGGUGUGGUGGUAAAAGUACUGGCGAUGCUAGACAAGCAUCUAGACGCCUUGCACCCAGAAAUGCACCUCUGAUAACUGAAAAUAAUGAAAAUAAUGAUUUUUGGGCAGAACUUGGAGGUAAAGGCACUUAUGGUACAGAAAUCAUUAAUGAUGAAGAAGAACUUGAAAAACAUUUAUACCAAUGUUUAACAGAUACUGAAACAUUUGUUGGUGAAGAAGUUCUCGGAUUUGGUCAAUGUAGUCUUCUUCCAGAAGCUGUCUGGUUGUUAGAUGCUGGAAAUGUAAUAUGGAUUUGGAUUGGAAAAUCUUCUAUUUCUAAAUCAUUAAAAGAAUAUGUACAUGAUGCAAUGGUAUUUUUGUUCACUCAUCCUGCUGGUCGAGAUCGAAAUACAAUAAUUUCUAUAAUCAAACAAGGAUUGGAACCUUCAACAUUUAUUGGACUAUUCAAUAAUUGGAAUUAUAAUUUAUUAAGAGAAUACAAAUCAUUUGAAAUAUUUUGCACACUCUUACAAGAUAAAAAAUUAUUACCGAAAAUACAAACAUUAACAAAAUCAUCAAGCGAUUUUGAUAAUUAUGUGAAGUAUCCUCUUUCUAUCCUGAAAGAUGAUCCAGAAAAUUUACCAUCUGGUGUUGAUGUUGCUCAUAAAGAAAUGCAUCUCACUUUCGAUAAUUUUAUUGCAAUUUUUAAAAUGGAACCAAAUGAAUUUAUAAAACUUCCUACUUGGAAAAGACAAAGACUAAAACAAUCAGCAGGACUUUUUUAAAAUUUCGUAUUCUAAUUUUUAUUAUGAUUUUGUACUAUAAUUAAUAUAAAGUCAAAAUAAAAAAAAAUAUUCCUUAUA